AUGGCUGGACCUGGAGAUGAUCACUCUGCUCAGGAGACCACUGGGAUGACUCCAGAGGACUUUGCGAAGCAGGCCAGGGAAGCAACCCUCCGCAACGAAGCUCUAUUUUCCAAGAUCUCCCAGCAGCUGUCUGAGCAUGCAACACAACAAGCCGCACAUCUGGCCAAGCAGUCCGAGAAGAUUGAUCAACUGCAGUCCCAGAUCCAAGCCAAGACUGCUCCAAAGAGAUCUGAUCGCAUUGGGAAUCCUGAGGUGAAGAAGCACAUGGAGCCGUUGGAACAGGCACAGCAUGUCAUCUCUCAGGCGAAGUCUGUCUUCGAGGAUCAUCUGGAUGGAACUUCGCCCCUGUCUCAGCUCUCGGAAGAUCAAGUCGCUGCCCUCAAGAAUCAGUGCGAUGAAGGUGAGAGAGCCAUUUCUGACCGCAUGCAGUUUCUUGAGGACUGGGAUUCAGAGGGGCUGGAGAUUGCGUCUGAGAUGCUGCGUCUGAGGGAUGAGGCAUCCAAGGACCCCGCAGAACUGAACCUGGUUUCUCGUGCUCGGAAAUCCCUGGCUGAAAAACGCAAGGCUUCAGAGGAAGCAUCCAAACCUCCCAAGGAACACAAAACUCAACAGUACCAAAACCCUAGCAGAGGCAACUUCCAGAACAGAGGCCGCUCUCCCUCUCCGUCUCCGUGGUUCCAUCCUCCUCAGCCUAUCCUGAUGCCUGCUCCCCUGCCAGUUCUCCCACAGCCAAGCCCUGUCCCAUCUCCCAUCUACCAGAGCCAGUAUUUCCCUUCCAACCGCACCCCCUCUCCUGCUCCUGGCCUCCCCCCUCCUGCUAUUCCUGCCCCUGUUCCUCGCGCCCCAAGCCCCUCCAUGACUACCACUGAGGAGUCUUUGCACAAACUCGCCGACUUGACUGAUGCCGCCGAAUUUGAGGGGUUCCGCGAUCCGGCUAAGAACGCGGCUGCGAAGGAGUCCGCCCCCAAGCGCGAGCCCUACCUGCGUCACAGGCUCCGCCGUCAUGUCGAGUUCUGGCAGUCCUUCGUCACCUCUAGCUUUGUGAUGGGAAUUCUGCUGUCUGGCUAUAUGCUGCCUUGGUUAUCUGGCCCCCCAACUGAGCCUCACCGCUUUCCUAACCAUCCGUCAGCCUUCGAGCAUGCCAGCUUCGUCACGGAUGCCGUCAGCAGCCUCGCCGCGACCGGCACAAUUCAGCCUGUUUCCGACCCCCCCUUCCUAGUUAGUCCUCUAGGAGUCGUACCUAAGGCGGAAGACAAGCUGCGCCUCAUCUUGGAUCUUCGUUUUCUCAAUCAAUUUCUUCAAAUUACGAAAUUCAAGGACGAGUCGAUCAGGAUGAUCUCGGAGCUGUGCCUGCCCAAGGACCUCCUGUUCACCAUCGACCUCAAGGCGGGGUACCACCACAUCGACAUCUUCGAGCCGCACUGGAAGUACUUAGGCUUCCAGUGGCGGGGCCAGUAUUACGUUUUUACACAACUUCCUUUCGGUCUGGCGCCUGCGUGCUACGUUUUCACGAUGGUGAUGCGCCAACUCACCAAGUCCUGGCGCGCUCGCGGGUAUUGUCUAGUUCAUUACAUUGACGACUUCUUUUUUGCCUGCCGAAGCUCGGCCGAGUUUGCCCGCGUCCAGGCGUGCGUACUUGCAGAUCUUGCGGCUGCUGGCUUUGUGGUUUCUAAGGAGAAAUGCCAACUCAAGAGCAGCCACGUGGUGAAGUUUCUUGGUUUCGUAGUGGACACCCUGUUCGGUCAUUUUCGCCUGACAGCGCUGCAAAAGAGCAAGCUGCACUCCGCCAUCGAGGCGUGCUUCCGCAACCCCCGGUCCGUCCCUGCGAAAACCGUCGCUCGCGUUACAGGCCUGAUUACCUCCCUCUUGCUAGUUACAGGGCCUAUCUCGGGUCUCUUCUCGCGCUUCUUGCAUCGAGCCUUAGCUACUCGCUCUUCCUGGUACAGCAAAGUGCAGCUCGAUAGCGCAGCUUUAGGCGAGCUUCUUUUCUGGAAGGACCGGCUUCCUCGCUUUGAAAGCCGUGACAUCUGGCGUAAGCACUCCGUGCUUCGCGUUCUGUUUUACGACGCCGGCGGUCAAGGUUGGGGCGGGCAUUUGGAGAUUGGCUCUGAGCAGCACGAGGCGCACGGUUCCUGGGAGGCACACGAGGUGCAUGGCGUGGCUUCGUCCACGUGGCGGGAGCUGUCUGGUCUUCUCCGGUUGCUUCGCGCUUUUCGACCUCUCCUAAUCGAUUGCACAGUCAUCGCGCGCGGCGACGCGCUGAACGUCUUCUCUAUCCUGUCCAAGGGCGGUUCUGCUAAGGAGCAUUUGCAAUCAAUCUGCAUCGAGCUUUUUGCGUUCUGUUCCGGGCAGCGGAUCGAGCUUCGACCGGAAUGGCUGCCGAGAGAGGAGAACGCGCGCGCGGACUACUUGAGCAAAGUUCGUGAUGUUGACGACUUCGGGCUUUUUGCGGAGGCUUUUGCUUUUGUUUCAGCGCGUUUUGGUCCGUUUACGGUCGAUCGGUUCGCCAGCGAGCACAAUGCAAAGCUCCCUAGAUUCGACGCGUCUUACUGGUGUCCCGGCGCGGCGGCCGCGAACACUUUCAUCCAGGAUUGGGGUGGCGAAGAGAGAAACUAUUGUUUCCCUCCACCGAAUCUCGUCGCUCCGACGCUUCGGCACGCGCGCGCGUGCCGCGCGCGCAUGACGCUCAUUGUGCUCAGCUGGCGCUCUGCUCCGUGGUGGCCGCUCCUGUGCGGCAGCGUGGACUCCGGCCGGGGGUUCGCACCGUUCGUUCGGCAGCAGCUCUACUUUCCUGCGGGGCGCGAGGUCCUGGUCCCCGGUCGUGCGUUGCGUGACCGGUUCUUUGGGAAAGGCGUUCCCAUUUCCGACGUGUUCGCACUUGACAUCGACUUCCGCGCUCAGUCUAUCAAGUUCGUCGCUCAGUCCCACAUGGAGCUCUUCAUUCCGGACAGCAAAACCGACCAGUACCGCAGGGGCGAGACGAUUUACAUCGCUCGCUUGGGUGGUCCAUUCUGUCCCGUCAGCUUAGUCCAACGCUUGCUCGAGUGCACUUGCAGUGCACUGCUGCUCAUUCGCAAGUUCUCGUUUAUAGCAGAGAACCUGGAAUUCGAGUGUGGAGUCGGAGUCAGUGUGACGGUCCAGGGGUUCUGGCGGGGCGCCAAACGGGGCGCAGAGCGCCCCCGGGCAGAUCCUGGCGCCCCAGGGCGGCAGCCCGGGGCGCCAGAGCGCCCCGGCCCGAAGCCCCGAGGAACUAUCUGGCCUGGGCAGGGCGGCCGGCCGCGCCCCAGGGUCGCGGCUGGGCACCCCGGGCCGGAGCCCCGAGGCGCCAAAGCGCCUCCGGGCAAAAUCCUGCUAGAAGAGUAG